UUAAAGGAGAUCUGUGCAUUUUAUUAUCAUCAGAAUUUACUUAAAUAUUUUUAUAUUAUAUUCCGUAAUUUAGUACUUUAUUUAAUUAUAAUGAAUGAGAAUGAAGACGAACUUACAACAUUUUGUGAUUCUGCGGCUGCGUUAGUAGAAGGAUGUCGCUUACCAGUUCGAAUGCAAGGAGGCGAUGACUGGCCUCUAGCAGAAAUUAUUAGUAUUAAAGAUAUCCGUGGACAAAGAGGAUUUUAUGUACAUUAUGUUGAUUUCAAUAAAAGAUUGGAUGAGUGGGUCGGUGAAACAUGGUUGGAUACACGAAAAGUGCAGUUUCCGAGGCGAGAUGGUGCACCCACCGGUGGCACCACAACUCCUAAGAAGACACACAUUGGAUCAGGAGGUGCCGUGAUGCCAAAUUUUAUUAAUGAUAGUGUCUGCAAUGAAAUUCCGAAGUCUUGUAGCAAUACAAAUAAAGCCACUGUAGUGAAUCAACCACCUCAACCCAAAUUGCCCGAAAAAACCCACUUUAGCAAUGCACUGAAUGGUUCUGCACAUAAAAAUGCACAUGCAAGUUUGCCUGGUGAACCACGUCAACUUAUAUCCAGACCUGCCAGUCCCACCUUGGGCCAUGACUCGACAUCGCUCGUCAAUGGCGGCGCGGUUUUGGCUGCUGCCCUACAGAAGAAAAUGAAUAGGAAAAGGAAAUCUAAUUACUUGGAACCAGAGUCGGAAUUGAUCCCCGGCCCGGAAGCAGAAGGCGAGGCCCCAGCAAGUGGUGCAGCGACGCCCACACCUCGCCCGCGGCAGUCGGGCAGCAUGUUGGCGCAUGGACACGACGACCUCGUCACCCGGAUGAAGAACAUCGAGCUAAUUGAGCUAGGCAAAAACCGGAUACGGCCCUGGUACUUCGCACCAUAUCCACAGGAAAUGGUUAAUUUAGCCUGUAUCUACAUUUGUGAAUUUUGUCUAAAAUAUAGAAAAAGUAAAAAAUGUUUAGAAAGACAUUUGAUUAAAUGUAAAUUAAAACAUCCACCCGGAAAUGAAAUAUACCGUAAAGGCAGUAUAUCAUUCUUCGAAAUCGAUGGCCGUAAGAACAAAUGUUAUGCACAGAACCUUUGUCUACUUGCCAAACUGUUUCUAGAUCACAAAACACUUUAUUAUGACACGGAUCCAUUUUUAUUUUACGUAAUGACAGAAUUUGACUCGAGAGGAUUCCAUAUAGUAGGUUAUUUUUCAAAAGAAAAAGAAAGUACUGAAGACUACAAUGUAGCAUGUAUACUUACAUUACCUCCUUACCAAAGAAAAGGGUAUGGAAAAUUACUAAUAGAAUUUAGUUACGAGCUAUCUAAAUUCGAAGGAAAGACUGGUUCCCCAGAGAAACCCUUGUCAGAUCUUGGGUUACUCUCAUACAGAAGUUAUUGGGCUCAAACUAUUCUAGAUAUACUCAUGCACUCAAAACCAGUCGGCGAUAAUGAGAAACCCAUAAUUACUAUAAAUGAAAUAUGUGAAUUGACUAGUAUAAAAAAAGAAGACGUAAUAAGCACGCUGCAAAAUUUGAAUUUGAUCAACUACUAUAAGGGACAGUACAUAAUAUCAGUCAGCCAGCAACACGAAAAGGCAUUAGAAAAAAGAACAUUGAGAAUUGAUCCCAAAUGCCUCCAUUGGACACCAAAAGAUUGGUCUAAGCGUUCGAAAUGCGUUUGAAGUGGUAGUGUUACCGAGAUGCGAGGUAUCUAACUCGAGCUUCAAAACGUAACAACAUACUGUCAACAAAACAAUAGCUGAAGGUACAUUCUAAUUUUACUAGAAAAUUGUUUUAUUUAUAGUAUGAUAAUUUUCUAAACUAUUUACAUACAUACAAAAGUCUUAAAGGAUUCUUUUUAAGUGAAAUUAUCUUAUACACGAUCUAUAUUAAAAAAACUUUUAAGCGACGAGUAUA